UUUUUGACGGUGUUUUUACGUACUUUAGCUGCGUACUUUGUUCCGUUGUCUAAUUAGCUUUGCAAAGUAGUGCGCUCGGCUUGUAUAUUCGGAGAAAGCACUUUAUAAUCUACUUUUAGGCUAUUGUGCUGUUUUGAGUCUGUUUAUCAUUGACUGCGUACUUUUAUUGUGCGCCUAAUCCAUGCAAAUAAGUUUUAUCCAAGCAGUGGAGGUUUUACUUAGAUCUGUGGUAAAAAGUGGUUUCUAGGUUAAAGUUAAACCGCGAGUUUUAUAUGAUUUUCGUGUGCUGAAACUCAUCAUAAGAAACUUGAAGCUCUUCUCCAGACAAACUGACCAAAUUGCCCUCGUCACGCCCGACCCAUUCGGCCCGCGGGAGUACUCAGAGUCAGUCUCCGUUUUCUCGCACAGUCGUUUAGUGUAAACCUCGUGGACUUCUGCUUCUGGCUAUCGACAUUUUCAGCGCGGAGGAUUCUAAAUCAAAAUCAGUGAGUCUCUUGUUUUUCAAAGCAUCUUUCGUUUGUCAUGGCUUUUCGUUUUCGCCCCGAAUACAUGAAAACGAUUUACCCACAUCUGAUUUGAUUGUCUCGAUUGCGCGACGGUUUUUCUUAAUUAGAAUAACUAGCCAAGUGUCUUAUUCUUUAUUCUGAUCAGUAAUUACUGUGUAUUGUAAAUAGAUAGCUGUACUAAUACUACUGUAAACUUAUGCUUCCUUAUCUGUUUGAACAAGGCUUGUGUUCUGCUCAAAACACUGAUUGUGCGCGAUUGAUUCAGUGUCACACAAACAAAAACAGUUGAUGUGAUUCUCAGACAUAUUUUGUCUCUGCUUACGCAGUGAAUCAAUCUGGAGACGCCACCCCUCGGUCUGAAUCAGUGCCGGGCCUUUUUAGAAAUACUAAGAGUCUUGAAGGUAUUUUUUGAUUGAAAAAAAAGUUUUCCGCGAUACAUGCAGGCUUUUAACUUUCCUUUAUGGCGCUCAACAGUAGCUCGAAAAAGCAGCCGAAUGACACAAAAAACAGAUUCAGACAAUUCAUAUGUUUAAAGGCGAUAUUUUUGUACCAAAACCCAAUGAACAUUUUCUCAGUCGUCGAAAAAAACAGUAAUCAUUUUAGCGCAUUCCUAAGCAUAUGGAAGAGUUUGCAAUCGCGGGAAUGUAAAAAUAAAGAGUUCGAGGCUACGUGAAGGUCUUUUAAGUGGUGUACUGUAGAAGGGUGGGUCUAUAGGGUUGCUGUGUGAGGCUUAACACUUACAUAAGUAUAGUAUUCAACCACUUUAACGAGUGACAAGUGUUAUCCGAAAUAUGGCGCAAUUGUUUUAUUCGACCUGUAAGGACGUUAGAAUUAAACCACGUACCCUCUUUGUGAAGUAUUCAUUUGUUAUUUACCUUUGACUAAGCGGUUCAUUGAGCUGUCAGCUUUGGCCAAAUCAUUUUGCACAGCAGGGGGCAAGGUUCUGACACAUAAAUCGAGCAGAAAUAUGGCGUUGGAGUUAAUAGUUCUUGCAGCGCUGGUCAUAACCGCUGCCCUCUUAUACAGUGUACUUUCACAUCGAAUGGAGAACCCAAAACUCCCUCCUGGUCCAGUUCCUCUCCCAAUUAUUGGCAACAUGCUUCAAAUGGGAACAAAACCGCAUCUUGGCCUAACGAAACUUGCAAAGAAGUUCGGCAAGAUAUUUCGACUUACUGUCGGGAUUCAUCGGAUAGUGGUUGUGAACACCAUCGAUGUUGCUCGUGAAGCACUCGUAAAGAAGGCCAACGACUUUGCAGGCCGACCGCGACUUUACACGGCGGAUCUCAUUUCCCGAGGAGGCAAAGACAUUGCAUUUAGUGACUUUACCCCCACAUGGAAAUUGCAGAGAAAAAUAGCGCAUUCCGCGCUGAAAAUGUUUGGGCAAGGUAUCAAGCCCAUUGAGGAGAAAGCAUGUCAGGAGAUUAACGAACUUAUCAAACGGUUUGAGUCGGUCGAAGGGCGCGCGCACGACCCUCAACAUGACAUCAUCUUGGCUGUGAUAAACAUCAUCUGCGCAUUCGUGUUCGGUUCGCGCUAUGAUUUGGAUGAUCCUGAGUUCUACACCAUUCUCCACUACAACGAGCAGUUUGUUCAAGGAUUCAGAGCUGGAAAUCUGGUGGAUUAUUUUCCGUGGUUACGCCACUUUCCUAGUAAGGGAGUAACACUCAUCAAACAGGCUGUCAAAGACCGCGACACCAUCUUACAGAGGAAGUUUGACGAGCAUAAGAGCACGUAUCAAGAUUGCGUGACGCGUGACCUCACUGAUGCCUUAAUUAAAGCCAUGCACGAGUCUCAUGCUGAAAAUCCCGGAAGGUCAUUACCAAUAUCCGAAGAUCACGUGGUUUUAACCAUGAACGAUAUCUUCAGCGCAGGCCUAGAGACCACCUCCACAUGCGUGCUGUGGGCGCUUGCGUAUUUAGCUCUGAAUCCUAAAGUGCAAGAGAAAAUCCAUCAAGAGUUGGAUGACGUAAUAGGGAGGGAACGCCUGCCAGAAAUGUCAGAUAAGCCAAACUUGCCAUAUUUGGAGGCUACUAUAUAUGAGGUGUUGCGUUACAGUUCUCUGGUCCCGUUACUGUUCCCACAUUCAACAACAACUGAUACGAAUCUCAAUGGAUUUGACAUUCCUCAGAACACAAUUGUGCUCUUCAAUGUCUGGGCUAUGCAUCACGAUGAAAGGGAAUGGGACAAGCCACAUGUAUUUGAUCCUUCACGUUUUCUAGAUGACGAUGGCAAACUUAUUUGCCCUGGAACUCUAAGUUAUCUGCCCUUUUCGGCCGGACGACGCGUGUGUCUGGCCGAAUCACUCGGGAAAAUUCAACUUUUCCUGUUUAUUUCUCACUUAUUACACAAGUUUCGCUUUAGUGUUCCACACGACUCAAAGGCCCCGGAUUUGGAAGGAAUCUUUGGUGCCAGUUUAUGUCCCAAGCCUUACAGUCUAUGCAUUGAGAGACGCUACUAGACUGGCACCAUCUGAACAUGAAUCGACGUGAACCGAAGUGAACAUUCUGGUUAUAAAUUCAGAUGGUUCCAUUUAUCGCCUGAAUAUCAAUGAUACAUCGCUUGAUCGGUAACAGACAAUCGGUGUUAGCCGGGAAAGAUUGACUAUUUGUCACGGUAUUUACAUAUCUGAAAGUGACACAAUUGAUACGUCAAGUAACGCAAAUUUUCACAAUACGAGUCCAGAUGGAUCUAAAUAACGAACAUCUCUGAUCGAAUACUUGAUCAGUCGGAACUAAAAAUCAAUGCAGAACAUAGAUUAAACUUUUGUGACUGUCUAUUUAUUAACCUCGAAUGAGAAAAAAGGGAAAGAAUUCCUCUAAAAGUUUUCAAGUAAUUUAUUACCAGAAUAGCAUAAUAACCAAACACAUGACAAAUAUAAUUCAUGUAUAUCGUGAUGCCAAAUUUUGGAAAAUUUUCAGGACGAAUUGGGUUUUUCAAUGAUAGAAAACAAGAAAACUGCGUGUAAACUGACCAAUACAGUCAUGUAUUCAAGUAGACAAGCAUCAAACUUUAAAAUUGUAUUCCUAUAAAACAAAGAAAGUUUGAUUGCAAAGUAAGAAUGAAUAUAUAUUCCAAUAAUUUAUCUCAACAAUUCAGUACGCCAAGAAAUUAGUAACAUAAUCUUUUGAAUCCUUCCUCAUUUCAUUGAAUUUUGGUAAAUUUCUUCGUCCCAAUUGACAUUUUCAUAAAUGUAACAGUGUUGUAGUUUUGUAUUUUAAAAGAAUCUGACGGAUAAAAGGUACUUCUUUAAUUAUGUAAAGGUUCCAAGUUAUUAUAGCCACAUCAAGUGAAGACUUAUUGUUGGUUACUUUUUAAACACUCUGCUGAAAAUCACUGACUUCCUUAUACCAGUUCAUGACAUAGUGAGGCAUUGUACAAAGAGUGCAGUCCAAGUGAGUUUAAAUUCCUUGAGGACAAAAGUAACUGAAAUAAACUUUUUAUAUAUGUUCAA